ACCUUACGGAUGAGCGGGAGUGGAAACAACAUCGAAAUUCACCAACUUUGUCAAUCUCGUCACAAUUGGACAGCCUGCCGUAUUUUGGGCAUAUCUCCAUCGUUUCUUCACGAAAUCGCAAACCGUUUGAUUCUGUGGAUUCCUAAUAUAUGGCAUCGAAUAACACGUACAGUCAUUCCAUCAACCUGCGCUAUAUCCUCGAGAGCCAAAAACUCUCCGGGGAAAACUUUCUUGACUGGGAGAAGAACCUCCGAAUCGAUCUUAACUGUGAGAGGAAACUCUACAUCCUCAAAACGGAUCCUCCCAAGACCCCUGCGGCAAAUGCUCGUGCGUCGAAACUCACUUCCUUCAAGAAAGAAAAUGCAUGUUUCCUCCCAAUUGUUUUUGAGGGAGUCACGGCCAAGAGAGAAGAGAGGAAGGAGAAGCCAUUUUGAGUUUCCAAAAUUAUUAUUUUGGGUGUAUAAAAUUGAUAUAAUAUUUUCUUUAAAAUAUUAUUGAUAUAUUUUCUACUAUUUAAUAUACAAGAUUAAUAUUAUCCAUUUUAAAUCUUUAUAUUAAAUAUACUAUUAUAAUCUUUACUAGCAUAAAGAUUAUAGUAGACUCCGGAGAUUGUUCGUGUGUCAAAGUUGGAGGCCGGACGCUUGAACGGCUACGUUUGCUCCUUCAACAUCUUUUGCUCGACUUCUCGUUCAUACCGCUUUACCAGAGAAGG